AGUCCCUGGAUAACGCCCCAGAUCGAUUCUGGCAUGGUGUAAUCAACUCUCAUGUCAUCUUUGAGCUCCGGCUGCGUCGCAAUUUUCCGGGUUUGGUUUCUAUGGCCAGGUUCGAGCGCCUAACACCCUGUUCAUCCCACCACGUACAUCCCGGACGUCCUGCGCUCACCACUUUUCUCUAAUCCUUAACGCCUGUUUUUUUUUCUUCUUCUCUGUCUCUUGGGUUUUAUUCUCCCGAAUCGCCUCCGACCCGUCGAUCACAGUCCCGUCAUCGACCAAGGUCGGCGAGACCCUAGACUUACCAUUUUCCUUUUUCAUCAUGGCACCUCCCAAGAAUCAGGCCAAGCCGGGUAAGGCUGCUCCUGGCCAUACGAAGAAACCGACAGCAACUGCUCCGAUUCGACCGGUGGUGCUACCUGCUAUUCCUCUCCCUAUGAUUCCUAAGCAAUCUAGCAAGUCAAACAAACGUGUUCCGAACGCAUCUUCUUCUAACGGCAUCCCCGCUUCUUCUCUCGAGGCUGCUCUGGUCGACCAUGCCGACCAUGCUCCCGUUAAUGGAAAAGUUUCUCAGUCGGCCAAGACCUCUGGCGAUCAAGUCAACGGCACGAAUGUGGAGAAGCCCGAACACGCCACCAACUCGGUCAGCCUAAGCAACGGCUUGCAUAACGGCGAUACUAAGGGAUCUAAUGCUGCUCUACCUGUCAACGGCGUAAACGGCGCCAACGGUGUCCACCAUGUUGACGAUGUCGACGGAAUCAGCAAUGAUUCUAGUUAUGCGCCUAUCUCGGCGACCUUCGCGCCGGAUGCUGAAUCUAUUGCUGGAUCUAGAUCCGUCUCGGCGUCCGUCUCCGCUUCGGCGAAUGGCAAUACCAACAACCAAGGCGCCCACGACGCACCUGGACAUGUCUCGCAGCCCCAAUCUGCAACCUCGCCCACCAACCCGCCCGACCAACAGCUGCCUUUUCAUCAUCUACCUAAACAUCCGUCGACCCACCACCCUCUUCAAAAUCAGCUGUCCACCGACCAGCUUCCCGAUCCUACAAAGCUCCGCGGACCGCCCCACUUACACCGUUAUCAGCACCAUCCUCACAUGAGCAAUGGCGGAGGUGUCAUCUUUGGUGGUUUUGCUGGAUCUCAUAAUUCUUCGCCAGGACCUCCGCUCAACGGUUUUAUGCCUCCUCCCGGACCUGUCGACGGUGAGAACCACAUUCGCCCCCAGCCAAAUGGUCGUCACCACCAUGCUCCGUCCGGAAGUAACGGCUUUCCCGGCACCAUUAAUACCCAAUUUCGACCGGACAUGGUACCCGCAUCCGGCAUCGACAAUUACGGACAGGUACCGGCUCCUAUUCCCCAUCCCGUGUUUGAUCCGUUCUCGCCUACUGUUGGCCGCUUCGGCAUCUCAACUCCUCACAGUCUUCACGGCUCUCACGCCUCGGGCGAACCGAAUGGUGUCGAAAACGGAGCUGUUCCUCCCUAUCAUCCUAACGGCAUGCCUUUCGGCAGUCAUGCUCACCACGAGCCGCCUGUCGGCCACCCGCAUCCGGCACCCCACUUCCCGCCCUUCAUGCCCCCUGAGGCUUUUGCUCGUCACCUCAUCGAUGAAGGGUUGAGAGACAGCAUCAUGUAUUUCCAGGAUCAAUUUGAUAGCGGCGAGCUUACCGAUUGCGUUUUGGAGCUAGUGUCCGUCAAGGGCCUGCAUCACCCUGUCAAGAUUACCGGCCAUAAGCUCAUCUUAGCUCGCAGUCCGGCCCUUAAGCAUCACAUCAUGGCCGCUCGUGCUACGGAUUUGGGUUCUCACACCAUUACGGUCGAGUCUGACGAUCCUUAUCUACGCUCCGAUGCGUGGUGGAGCGCCGUGCGACGACUGUAUCUUUUCCCACUGCUUAACCCUGCUAUAAUGGGCGAUGGCGCGAGCGGCUUGCACUUCGCCGACGGUAACGCCGAUCGGUUCGAGUUCUGCUUAGGCUACGCUGCCGCAGGCCAUCUCCUGCAGAUGCGCGACGUUUUUAUUCGCGGCUUGCAGAUGACUGCCGAUUUUAUUACUUGGGAUACCGUCGAAGAAGCACUGGGGUUUGUCUUCGAGGGCACCAUCCAGAGACACGUCAACUACGACAAUGACCAAGACGUUGAGCUUGAUUUUGGAUACGGCCCAGAUGCUAGGUUCCUCUUGCAGGCCACGAUCAACUUCCUUGUCAAUGCUUUCCCACCCAACUUUGAACUUGACCACUCGGUUGCCGAUCCGCCAAAGUUAGCCCGCAUCCCGCCGACACCUGCUGGUGCAGCUUCGCAUACGGCUGGUAUGCCGCCAACCAUUGCUAGAGGCACGAAUAUGCACGGCGCUAUGAAGCCUAAUCGUCUAUCCAGCAUUAAGUUUGGUGACUUACCGGCUGCAUUGCCCGAGGACGGCGGUCCGCUUUUGCGUAGCCCUUCGAAAUGUUCUCCGGUCCUCUCGCGCAUCUUACUGAACUUGCCUUUCCAGGAGCUCCGCGUCGUGCUUACCUCGGAAAGUGACGGUGCCUCAGGCUGGAACACUGCUCAAGACCGGUACCACGCUGUUGCUGAUGUUGUGGCCGAGAGGGAGGCUAGACGUGUGCGUGCGGUUGAGGCAAUCCGUCUGGGACUUGUUCCCAACUACCAGGAGAUUCAACAACGACUAUCAGCAAAGCGGCGCUACGCUAUUGUUGAACCGUGGGAUGUGCUGAACUGGCAGGAAGAAGUCGUUCAACCGAGAGGCGCCGAAGUGCCUCAAAUCGUACGCAGAUGGGUGCCUCAGUUCUCUGACGUCUCGGGGAUGGCACAGCAACAGCUACCGCCCCAGCAGUUUAGUGUUCCCGAUUCUAUGGUUUAGCUGACCGAUUGGCACACUAUGCGACGGGCUCACGAAUGAACGAUGGUACGUUUCGGUACGGGAUGAGCGAGGCUU